AGCAGCACCACGGCGUCGGCAAUCACAACUAGCAACACCCUUAAAAAAAACCACACCGCUCGCUCGCACGCUCGAGAACAACAUGCCCGUCGCCAAGGUCAUGGCGAGCCGCUUCGGCGGCGGCGGCGAGCCCGAGGAGGACAUGGACGGCGUGCUGCACCUCGACGCCUCGGACCCGCGCGUCGCCGUGUACCAGAACCUCAAGGAGCGGGAUGUGGCCGGCCGCGGCGACCUCUUCAUCCUCGAGGGCGAGAACAGCGUGCACAACCUCGUGCAGCACGGCCGCAUGCCUCUGGAGAGCGUGUGCGUCAGCGAGCGGCGCGUCGCGCCGAUGAAGAGCCUCAUCGCCGCCGUGCGCGCCCGGGGCGUGCCCGUCUACGCCCUCACCCACGAGGACUACAGCGGCCUCGUGGGCUUCAACUUCCACCGCGGCGUCCUCGCGUGCGGCCGCAAGCUCCCGAGCGUCGCGCCCGGGGAACUCCUCGGCGCGCUGCCGGCGACGGGCCCGUCGACGGUCGUCCUCUGCGAGCGGACGAACAACCUCGACAACGUCGGCGCCGUCUUCCGCAACGGCGCGGCCUUCGGCGCGGGCGCCGUCGUCUUCGACGGCCGGAGCGCGGACCCGUACUACCGGAAGUCGAUCCGCGUCUCCGGCGGCCACGCGCUGGCCAUCCCCUUCACGCGCCGGGGGUCCAUCGCCGACGUCGUACAAGCCGCCAAGGCGAGCGGCCACGUCGUCUGCGCGCUCGUGACGCCGCCGACGUCCGCGCGGUCGACGGCCGUCGACGACGCCGUCGGCGCGCCCGUGCCCAUCAACGAGUGGCGCGCGGACGACCGGCCGGAGCGCGUCGCCGUGCUCAUGGGCGCCGAGGGCCCCGGCCUGACGGACGAGGCGCAGCGCCUCGCGGACGUCCGCCUCACGAUCCCCAUGGCGAACGCCGUCGACUCCGUCAACGUCGCGACGGCCUGCUCCAUCGCCCUCCACGAGCUCGCCUCGACGCCGCGGCGCCGCGACGCCCAGGCGCGGCGCAGAGCCGCGCGCGUCGCGUCCCUCGCCGCGGCCUUCGGCGCCGGCGCGCUCCUCGCGCUCGCCGCGGCGCGACGGCGGCCGAGCAUCGUCGCCGCCGCGGUGUUCGUCGUCGCGGCGCUGUCCUGGACGGCCCUGCGGCUCAACGCGAGCACGCCCGAGUACCUGACGGCGCCGCACGGCUGCGGCCCCGCGCCGGCGAGCGGCGGGCGCACGGUCACGGUCUUCGAGACGGCCAUGAAGAGCGGCGCCGGCGGCGGGCGCACGACGUCGCGGACGUUGGGCCCGCGCGAGUCGUGCGACGCGCGGCCGCGGAAAGGGCGCGCGGGCGGCUUCCUGUCGUCGCUGCUCACCGGCGACGUCCAGCCGCCGCGCGGGCGCGUGAGCGUCGACACGUCGAAGACCUACCAGAGCAUCGACGGCUUCGGCGGCGCGUUCACGGAGGCGUCCGCGCGGACGUGGGCGCGCAUGCCCGCGGACGCGCGGGCGGAGGUCGUGGAGAAGUACUGGGGCGAGGACGGCAUCGGCUACAGCCUCGGGCGCGUGCACAUGAACUCCUGCGACUUCUGCGUCGCGUCCUACGACUUCGCGCCCGUCGACGGCGACUUUUCGCUCGACCACUUCGACCAUAGCGUGACCCACGACCGGGCGGAGAUGAUCCCGCUCAUGGCCGCGGCCAGGGCGGCCACGGAGCGGCGCGGCGGCGACUUCAAGCUCUUCGCGUCGCCCUGGAGCCCGCCGGCCUGGCUCAAGGCGCCGCGCAAAAAGUUCGAGCCCGACCCGGACCACCCGUCCAUCGAGUUCCCCGGGAACCGGUCCAUGCUGAGCAGCGCGCAGCCCGACGGCCUCGCCCACGACGAGCAAGCCCACGCGGCCUGGGCGCUCUACUUCUCCAAGUUCGCGUCGGCCUACGAGGCCCAGGGCCUGCCGCUCUGGGGCUUCACGGUGCAGAACGAGCCCGAGUUCUCCGCGCCGUGGGAGGCGUGCCGCUACACGGCCAACUCGACGGGCGCCUUCGUGCGCGACUUCCUCGGCCCGCGCCUGAAGUCGGACCACCCCCACCUCAAGCUCUUCGUCUUCGACCACAACCGGGACCACAUGGUCGACUGGGCGCGCGCGGUCUACGGCGACGCCGAGACGGCCAAAUUCGUCGACGGCGUCGCGUUCCACUGGUACGCCGGCGGCCUCGACCGCACGUUGGACGGGGCCGUGGGCCACGCGAACGUGGCGCGCGCGCGCGACGCGCUGCCCAAGGGCGCGCGGCUCCUGCCGUCCGAGGGCUGCAACUGCCCGGGCAUCGGCGACUCGGACCUAUUGCGGUCCGAGCGCUACGCGCACGACAUCCUCAGCGACCUCGCGUUGGGCGCCUGCGGCUGGGUCGACUGGAAUUUGCUGUUGGACCACCGGGGCGGGCCGAACCAUCUGGGCAACGUCUGCGACGCGCCGAUGCACGCGACGGACGAGAAAUUCUCGGGCGUCAAGAUCCAGUCCUACUACGACGUCAUCGGCCACUUCUCCAAGCACCUCCACCCCGGCUCCGAGCGCGUCGAAAUAGCCGUCGACGGCGUCUUCUUCGACGACCGGGCGGCGACGCGCGCGGCGACGCGCGCGGCCGUCGGCUUCGAGCUGACGCUCCACAAGUGCCAGGGGUCGCCGGACCGGCCGUCGCCGCGCCAGGCCUGGGCCCUCGACGACGUCCACGACUACCUCGAGAUGACCGACGGGAGCUUCGUCGACAAGUGGGGCGACUUGUGCGCCGCGGACGCGAACACGCCCGGCGUCGGGUCCUUGGCGCUCGUCAACUGCGAGUACGGCAAGGAGCACGGCGACGUCGCCGUGGGCAAGUUCCGGCGCGACCCGGACAGCCACGCCAUCGCGGAGCUCAAGGGCGGCCUCUGCCUGGGCCCCUCGCGGGACCGGCCGGGAGCGGAAGGGGCGCAGCUCGAGCUCCAACCCUGCGACGGCGCGAACCGCCACCAGCGCUUCACGCACCUGCCCUCGGGCGCCCUCGUGAGCGACGCCGACGGCCGCUGCGUCACGGCGGGCUGGCCCUUCGUCCAGGCCGUCGCCUUCGCGCGGCCGACCGGCGACGUCGCCGUCGUCGCGCUCAACGAGGCGUCCCACGCCGCGGACUUCGACCUCGACAUCGACGGCGACGUGGUCCGCGCGUCCCUCGGGCCCCACACGAUCCAGACCUACGUCGUCUCCCCGCGGCCCGCGGCCGCGGCGCCCGCGCCGGGCGACGACGACGGCGCCGUGAAACUGACGGACGACAUCGCCGACGACAUCAAGCAGCUCAAGGCGAAGCUCGGGCCCGUCUAA